CUGGCUUUAGUCGCCUCGCGGCAGCUGCGGCUCGGGGACAGACUGACUGAGCCCGGGCCCGGAGCCGCCCGGGCAGGGCUCGGGAGAGAGGGCCCCAUCAUGAGGCCCCAGCCCCGCCGGAGCCCUCGCGCUCCCCGGGCCCCGGGCGCACCGUGCUAGCCCCCAUCCUGGGGCGUGGGGAGGCGCGGUGGCCAUGGCCAGCCACGUGGACCUGCUGACGGAGCUGCAGCUGCUGGAGAAGGUGCCCACGCUGGAGCGGCUGCGGGCCGCGCAGAAGCGCCGGGCGCAGCAGCUGAAGAAGUGGGCGCAGUAUGAGCAGGACCUGCAGCACCGCAAGCGCAAGCACGAGCGGAAGCGCAGCACUGGUGGGCGGAGGAAGAAGGUGACCUUUGAGGCCAGCGUGGCCCUGCUGGAGGCCUCCCUGCGGAACGACGCCGAGGAAGUCCGCUACUUUCUGAAGAACAAGGUCAGCCCUGAUUUGUGCAACGAGGAUGGACUCACAGCCCUACACCAGUGCUGCAUUGACAACUUUGAGGAAAUUGUCAAGCUGCUCCUUUCCCAUGGUGCGAACGUGAAUGCCAAGGACAACGAGCUGUGGACACCCCUGCACGCCGCGGCCACCUGCGGCCACAUCAACCUGGUGAAAAUCCUCGUUCAGUAUGGGGCCGACUUGCUCGCCGUCAACUCCGAUGGGAACAUGCCGUACGAUCUGUGUGAGGAUGAGCCUACCCUGGAUGUCAUCGAGACGUGCAUGGCCUACCAGGGCAUCACUCAAGAGAAAAUCAACGAGAUGCGGGCGGCUCCUGAGCAGCAGAUGAUUUCGGACAUCCACUGUAUGAUUGCAGCAGGCCAGGACCUAGACUGGAUCGAUGCCCAGGGUGCCACGCUGCUGCACAUAGCUGGAGCCAAUGGAUUCCUACGAGCAGCCGAGCUCCUCCUGGACCACGGAGUGCGCGUGGACGUGAAGGACUGGGAUGGCUGGGAGCCCCUGCACGCGGCUGCCUUCUGGGGACAGAUGCAAAUGGCAGAGCUAUUGGUGUCUCAUGGGGCCAGUCUCAGUGCCAGGACAUCCAUGGAUGAAAUGCCAAUAGACCUGUGCGAAGAAGAGGAGUUCAAGGUCCUGCUGCUGGAGCUAAAACACAAGCAUGACGUCAUCAUGAAGUCACAGCUGAGGCACAAGUCGUCCUUGAGCCGGAGGACAUCCAGCGCAGGCAGCCGUGGGAAGGUGGUGCGUCGAGCCAGCCUCUCGGACAGGACCAACCUGUACAGGAAGGAGUAUGAGGGCGAGGCCAUCCUGUGGCAGCAGCGGAGCGCAGCCGAGGACCAGCGGACCUCAACCUACAAUGGGGACAUCAGGGAGACCAGGACAGACCAGGAGAAUAAGGACCCAAACCCCCGGCUGGAGAAGCCCGUGCUGCUCUCAGAGUUUCCCAGCAAGAUCCCACGAAGCGAAAUGGACAUGCCUGUCGAGAAUGGCCUGCGGGCUCCGGUCAGCGCCUACCAGUAUGCACUGUCCAACGGUGACGUCUGGAAAGUGCACGAGGUGCCCGACUACAGCAUAGUCUACGGCAACCCAGGCAUGGCUGACGCCACCCCACCCUGGAGUGGCUACAAGGAACAGAGCUCCCAGACGCUCCUGGAGCUGAAGCGGCAUCGGGCUGCAGCCAAGCUGCUCAGCCACCCCUUCCUGAGCACCCACCUGGGCAGCAGCAUGGCCAGGACGGGCGAGAGCAGCAGCGAGGGCAAGGCCCCCUUGAUCGGAGGCAGAACUUCACCAUAUAGCAGCAAUGGCACCUCGGUGUAUUACACGGUCACCAGCGGAGAUCCCCCGCUCUUGAAGUUCAAGGCCCCCAUAGAGGAGAUGGAAGAGAAGGUCCACGGCUGUUGCCGUAUCUCCUAGUCUCCCUGUGACAGAGGAGAGAUGUUGGGGAGGGGGUCCCUGGAAUCCAGGCCAGCCCAGCAGCCCUGGUUGGGGAAGCUUCAGAGGGCAGCACCCAGCGGGGAGAUGGGCUCUGCUUUCCAGAGGAAGGCCGACCCCACCUCUCAGCCCGCUGCCCAUAGCAUCCCCAGUGCUUCCUGCUGCAUUGUCUGCCGUCAGAGACAAGGUCCCUCGUGGCUUCCCAGCUCACCCUGCGGUAUGAUUUUGGGAGGGAGGGCUGGGUUCCGGUUCUGUUGUGGGUGCAGUUUUCUCUGGACCAGUACUCGCAUGUCAUGUAACACACACGCAUACUUCACCAACAUGUGUACAAAUGACCGGGCGACUCAUGGAAAGCAGGUGGGACAGAGAAUCUGUGGGCUAUUCCCAAGAGGACUGAGGUCAUGACUGAGAGUUUUGGUCACCACUGCCAAUGUGGCUUUAGCAGAGGAGGGGGCCUGCUAAGCUGAAACCCAUAGCCCUGCCCAGAGUCCUACCAGGGUCUGGGCCACCAUUUACAUCUGACAGGCGCAGGCAGGUCUCUCUGUGUUCAGAGGCAGCCUUGAACCCACAUGGGUAGAUGGAAUGAGCACAGGCCUGCACGCCACAGCCUCGCCCACGCCAGGAGUUAGCUGUGCAACGCCUGGGGGCUGAGGAGGAAAACCAAGCUAUUCCAUUCCUGGAAUAAUCCAAAUCCCAUUCUGUUUUUGGAUGGAAGCAUCGAAAAGUGGAGAGGGGAACCAAGUGUUUCCAAAAGUGCAUUUGAUACAAGAAUUAUUGAAGACUGUUAAACUCUAUGGGGCAGGGAACUGAAUUUGACUGCUUUCAUGGGUAAUGCCAUGAUUGCUGAGUUUUACUGACUUGUGAUGGAAAAAUGAACUUGAAGAGCUUCCGCGGGAAGGGCUUUUCCAAGGAGAGGAAUGAAUUCGUAUUGGUAAAUUCUUGGUGAGCCCUCCUCAGACUGAGCCAUCAGAGGGAGCAGUGAGGGGCUGCUGACUACCCCCGACUCCAGCCCGCACUCCCAGAGUGAAUGCUCAGGACCCCAGGCUCAGCUUUGCCUUUUCCGGAGUGCCCAGUGAAACAAGUUGCCAGUCGGCCCUCAUGAGUUCCUGCCUGGCCCAGGGGCUGCCUGCCUGCCCCUGCCAAAGUGGGGACACCCCAGGGCUGCAAAUCCAAGGUGCCCACGGCCAGCACCCUAAGCUGCAUUCAGGAGAGUGGUGGUGGGACUGGAGUCGGUCCCAUGCCAGCCCUACAGUUUCAUAGUCCCGAUCUUCCCCACUGCUGGGGAGGCCGGACACAGGCCUGCUCCCCUCAGCCUUGCCCAUGCCAGCAGCCAGCUGUGGGACCACCCAUUCAGUUCACCCGAGGGGCAGGCUGCCCACCACUCUCCACCACAUUCUCUCAUGAGCCCCUUUGACACUGUCGCCCGUGAGAUGGGUGCUGUCCACUGGCUCAGCCAAAACCCAUUGGUGUAACUAACGAGCAGGUUUGCUCCCUGCUCUGUGCGCCUUUUAUUUGUCCUAAAACUACCUCCUUAGAGCUCUGAAGGUGCCCCCUAGAUCUAGAUUCUGUGACUUGGGGGACAAAUCUGGGUUCCCUUUAAUCCUCUUCUUUCUGAGCCUAUGAAAAAUUCUCUCUGGGUGGGAGGGGGGAUACCUAGGCCAGGGGGCUGUGGCUGGAGAAGUUCCCCUUGUACCACAGUCUUAGUGAUGGGUCUGCUGUUUGCUAGUCCCAGUCCCCACUGGGGCCCCUGCACCCUCUCCCCAUAACCUAGAAGGGAGCUGGCUUCCAGGGGGCCCAGCAGAUGCCCCACCAGGAGUGGGGCAGCUGGGCAGGAGAGCAUGGGCCUUAGGAGGGUCCCUGUGCCCCUGGUGGCUCUUGGGUGCAGGGAGGGUCACAGCACCAGGCCACCCUGACGCCAACUCCAGGGCAGUUCCAGUAGAGGGUGGCGGGGCUGGUCAGGAGACUUCAGAUAUGUGUAUGAUACCUCCUGUGUCCCUGGGGUCUAGGGUGGGCUCUCCAUCAUCCCAGCCUAUGGCUGGAGCAGGGCAGGGAUGACCUAAAACACACAUACCUUUGGCUUCAAAACAGUGCUCAGAUUAGACUAACACUGCAAGUCCUCCUGAGCCGACUUAAGCUGUAAGCUGGCAGUGCCCAGGGGAGCCACAUACUCCUCAGGAGAGAGCUGGGCAGGUUUUUUGGACCUGCUUGCUCAGAGCCUAGAGACGGAAGGCAUUUAUUGCCCACUCUAGGCCCUUUGGCCAUUCUCCCCUUGCUUCCUGCCUCCUGGGCCGUUCCUCUCCACCCAGAAGGCUGGGAACUGAAGACGUGAGCACAAGCUCAUAUUUUCCACCAGGGACAAAGCAUUCCCUGUUGGCGCUUCCAGUACCUGUAGGUCUUGUGGGUGUCGAAGGGCAAGCUGGGGCCAAGGUCAUCCAUUUAUUCACUCAUGAAGUUUGUUAAGUAGCUGUGACAUACCAGGCGCUGUGUUAGGUUUUGGGGUUAAAGGAGGAACAAGACAGAGUGAGGAGAGUGCCCUUCAUGGUUUUCAUGCAUUGAGGACCAUGGGUGUCAGCAGUAGCCCAUUCAAGUUGUCCGAGUUGACUGCUUCCUGGUCCAGCAUCCCUCUGCUUUUCAGCUCUUCGAUUCCCUGGAGUUUGAGCCAGCAAACAGCUGUCAUGGCCACCUAUAGAGGACAUGUGCCACUAAAUAGAGAUGCUGGAUCUUGGUUUCCAGGCUGACACCAUCCCAAGUCUAUAUGGACCUCUCAGGGCUCCUAGCUGCCUUCAGGCCAGCAUCUCUGAGGCACUAUAGAAUAGUAGUUUGAGGUCAGUGUCUGGAAGAAUAAGGAGUCUGGAGUUUGCUGCCCAAUGCAUCUCAGGUUUUUAAACUCAUUGUCUCUCACUCAUUUUUGCUAUUUAUUAUGUAGCCUUCCUUCCCCACCAAUGGAUAACGGGAGGAAAAAGAGCUUCUCCUUUAACAUUGAAGCCUUCCUUCUUGAAUCUGCCUCUCUUCCUGGCAGGUAUGAAUCAAGUAGCUGGGAGAAUGCUGGCAAGGUUGACCAGAUGCCCAGCUCCUGCCAAGACCCAAACUGGUGCCAGUUCCUGGCAGAUGGAAGGAGCAGGGGCCACAUGGCUCACUGUGAGCUCUGGCCCUUGCUCCUACCCUAUGCCCCAGACAUUGAGAACUGGUGGCUAUCACCAGAGAGUGAGUUUCUGGCCAGUAGCUCAAGGAGGCUGAGUGAAUCUAGACCCAGGUCUGCUGAGGACUUCAGAGUAUAGUUCUCCAUCAGUUACGCAGCAUCAGUGAAACUGCUCUGCACUGUUUGAUCAAUUUAAAUGGCCUCAGAAAGCUAACAAGGGUGUGUCCCCUGUCCUAUCCCACCACAGUUUGCUGGCUGUGUAGUAUCAUAAGACCAUUUGAGUCCCUGGUGUCAGAUACCUUUUGAUCUUGAGCUCUCUCUUCCACCUGCUUUCCCAGAGCAGGAGACUGGGGCACUUUCCAGGAGGAGCCCCUUACAAGAUGCUCAGAAGGACUAUAUUUAACUCCUGCUAUUGUAGCCUGGGGACAGCCCUCCCCUCCCCCAGGACACAUAAGAGCAAAGGGUCGUGUGGUCAGUGAAGAAGUCCACAGAAAUGAUCCUGUUACCAGAAGCUCUAGCCCUUUCCUUGGUAGGAGUCUCUUGCUGGCCAGGUGGCCAGAGGACCUGCUUCCCACGGGCAUGCAAGUGCGGGGCCUGGCUCUGCACACCCAGGAAAGGUCUGCAGACCCCCAGCCCCCCGCAAUAAUUCACCAGACCAGAAGCCACUGAUGUGCAGAGAACACUUAAGAAAAAUGUAUUUUAUGUGAAAAAAAAGUUAAAACUCUGUAUACUGUAUCAGCAGCUUUGUGUAAAAAUGGCAAUCAAGAGAGUCUAAUAUAUUUAAAACUUUUUUUAAAAAAAAACAUCCUUGCGGAUCUUUGAUAUUGUAUCGAAAUAACUUUCAGGUCGCUCCUUGCCACGCAGCAGUGGUGGGCCUGUGUCCAAGACUGCGGCCCAACCACGUCCCAAAGGGGCAUGACCCUGGAGUUGCUUCAGCUGCCAAGGCCUGUGACGGAAUUCGCUGUUGAGUUUUUAAUUAAGAUUAUUAAAUUCCUUUUAAUAACA